CCUCUUUGGUGUGUGCAAGAUUGGGUUGCGAGCUGGCAAAGAGAGCUGCCUUUUCCACUCGCUCUCCGGUGCUGUCGCUGUGCUUCAGCAGGAGCUUUCGAGAUCGGCGGCGCUUAAGAGAAGGAAGAAGAGGAGGAGGAGGCGGAGAAGCAGCAGCAGCCUCGAGUAGCAGCAGCCCCAGAAAUCAAAGGACGGAAGCCGCGCAGGCAUGGAUCAUUAUGAUUCUCAGCAAACCAAUGACUAUAUGCAGCCAGAAGAGGACUGGGACAGGGAUCUUCUUUUGGAUCCGGCUUGGGAAAAGCAGCAGAGAAAGACAUUUACAGCGUGGUGCAAUUCUCACCUCCGCAAGGCAGGCACACAGAUUGAGAACAUAGAAGAAGAUUUCAGGGAUGGCCUUAAGCUUAUGUUACUCCUGGAAGUCAUAUCAGGUGAACGUUUGGCUAAACCAGAAAGAGGCAAAAUGAGAGUGCACAAAAUUUCAAAUGUGAACAAAGCCCUAGAUUUCAUCGCUAGCAAAGGAGUGAAGCUGGUAUCCAUUGGAGCAGAAGAAAUUGUUGAUGGGAAUGCAAAAAUGACCCUUGGAAUGAUCUGGACCAUCAUUCUCCGUUUUGCUAUUCAAGACAUCUCAGUAGAAGAGACCUCUGCUAAAGAAGGGCUUUUGUUGUGGUGUCAGCGGAAGACAGCCCCAUACAAAAAUGUGAACAUCCAAAACUUCCAUAUAAGCUGGAAGGAUGGCCUUGGUUUCUGUGCCUUGAUUCAUAGACAUCGUCCAGAGCUCAUUGACUAUGGAAAGUUACGAAAGGAUGAUCCUCUUACUAACUUGAACACAGCAUUUGAUGUGGCUGAAAGGUACCUAGAUAUCCCAAAGAUGUUGGAUGCAGAAGACAUUGUUGGAACAGCCCGCCCUGACGAGAAGGCCAUCAUGACCUAUGUUUCUAGCUUCUACCACGCCUUCUCAGGAGCCCAGAAGGCGGAAACAGCAGCCAAUCGUAUCUGCAAGGUGCUGGCUGUCAAUCAAGAGAAUGAACAACUAAUGGAAGACUAUGAGAAGUUGGCUAGUGAUCUGCUAGAGUGGAUCCGGCGCACGAUCCCUUGGCUUGAGAAUCGAACUCCCGAGAACACCAUGCAAGCCAUGCAGCAGAAACUAGAGGAUUUCCGAGAUUAUCGCCGCCUUCACAAACCUCCUAAAGUUCAAGAAAAGUGCCAGCUGGAAAUCAACUUCAAUACCUUGCAGACCAAGUUGCGACUAAGCAAUAGACCAGCCUUCAUGCCUUCUGAAGGGAAAAUGGUUUCGGACAUAAAUAAUGCAUGGGGUGGCCUGGAACAGGCUGAGAAGGGCUAUGAGGAGUGGCUUUUGAAUGAGAUUCGAAGAUUAGAACGUCUGGAUCACCUGGCUGAGAAGUUCCGGCAAAAAGCUUCCAUUCAUGAAUCCUGGACAGAUGGUAAAGAAGCAAUGUUGCAGCAGAAGGACUAUGAAACUGCUACCUUAUCCGAGAUCAAGGCCCUGUUAAAGAAACAUGAGGCUUUCGAAAGUGACCUUGCUGCUCAUCAGGACCGCGUGGAACAGAUUGCAGCCAUUGCACAAGAGCUCAACGAGUUGGAUUAUUACGAUUCACCAAGUGUCAAUGCCAGGUGCCAAAAAAUAUGUGACCAGUGGGAUAACCUUGGAGCUCUGACCCAGAAGCGACGAGAAGCUUUGGAGAGAACAGAAAAGCUACUGGAAACAAUUGACCAGCUAUAUCUAGAAUAUGCCAAACGAGCUGCCCCUUUCAAUAACUGGAUGGAGGGAGCCAUGGAGGAUCUGCAGGACACGUUCAUAGUCCACACCAUUGAGGAAAUUCAGGGAUUGACCACAGCCCACGAACAGUUCAAAGCCACCUUGCCAGAUGCUGACAAGGAAAGACAGGCCAUCCUGGGAAUACAUAAUGAAGUGUCCAAAAUUGUUCAAACCUAUCAUGUUAACAUGGCAGGGACCAACCCGUACACCACAAUCACUCCACAGGAAAUCAAUGGCAAAUGGGACCACGUGAGACAGCUAGUUCCUAGGAGGGAUCAGGCGCUGAUGGAGGAACAUGCUCGACAACAGCAUAAUGAGAGACUCCGCAAGCAGUUUGCCACCCAGGCCAAUGUCAUUGGCCCUUGGAUCCAAACCAAGAUGGAGGAGAUAGGCCGCAUCUCCAUAGAGAUGCAUGGGACUCUAGAGGACCAGCUCAAUCACCUGCGGCAGUAUGAGAAGAGCAUCGUAAACUACAAACCAAAGAUUGAUCAACUGGAGGGAGAUCACCAGCAAAUUCAGGAAGCCCUCAUCUUCGACAAUAAGCACACCAACUAUACUAUGGAGCACAUCAGAGUGGGCUGGGAGCAGCUCCUCACAACCAUCGCCAGGACUAUCAAUGAGGUGGAAAACCAGAUUUUGACUCGGGAUGCCAAAGGAAUCAGCCAAGAACAGAUGAAUGAAUUCCGUGCCUCUUUCAACCACUUUGACAGAGACCACUCCGGCACACUUGGCCCUGAGGAAUUCAAAGCCUGCCUCAUCAGCUUGGGUUACGAUAUUGGAAACGAUGCACAGAAGAAGACUGGCAUGAUGGAUAGUGAAGAUUUCCACACCUACCUUAUCUCCAUUGGUUAUAAUACGGGAGAAGCAGAAUUCGCUCGUAUCAUGAGCAUUGUUGAUCCCAACCGCAUAGGAGUAGUGACAUUCCAAGCCUUCAUUGACUUCAUGUCCAGGGAAACAGCAGAUACGGAUACAGCUGAUCAAGUGAUGGCUUCUUUCAAGAUCCUGGCUGGAGAUAAAAAUUAUAUCACUGUGGAUGAAUUACGACGGGAGCUGCCUCCUGAUCAAGCCGAAUAUUGUAUUGCUAGAAUGGCACCUUACACUGGGAUGGAUUCUGUACCUGGUGCCCUGGACUACAUGUCUUUCUCUACAGCUCUUUAUGGCGAAAGUGACCUUUAACUAUCACCUCUCUAUCCACCACACAUCCUUACCCUCUCCCAUCCAGGCGCACUUUUCUUUCUGUCUGCAAAGCAAGCUCUGCUAUGCCUCCCUGUCACGUUCCUCUUUCCACUUAAACUAACAGAUUGCCUUGGGGGGGGAGGGAAGAGGGAGGAGAAUGUUGAAAUCAAAUAGUAUAUCGUACCCCUGACAAACGACAGUUUACAAAAUUAUUUUCUGGGGAAAAAGUUACAUUUAAACAAACAUAUUUUAUUAUAGGGAAAAAAAGUAUUUUUCUCCGAGAUUGAAGCAUAAAUAGAAAAUUUAAAGAAUAUUAUACAAAAUAUGAACUGGUUCCACCAGCCCUUCUUUUUGAGACAUAGGAAAUGGAAUCCAAUGUUACAUCCCAUCCUUAUAUUGUGCUAUCAUGAGUCAAUUUUCUCAUCUGUCUCUAUAUAUUCCUUAUCACAUUUUUUUCCAGAGGGAGAGGCACUUGAGUGCAUGUAUUGCUGGUUCACUCAUUUCAUGGAAAGAUUUUACAAUAAAACUUUUUGAAAUUGCUGUGUUUUUUUAGGGGAAAAUAAUGUACACAGCUCAUGUUUUCAUAUUUAAUUAAAAUUACAAUAUGCCUACUAUGUGUUGUUA